CUACAAGUACAAAUAACAAUAAGUGGUAGAAAUAUGAAUAUCUGAAUCUGUGGACCAUUGCAGGAGCGCCAUACCAGAUCAAGCAGCGCUCCAGCUUUUCCUCUUCUGGAUUGAGAACUAGUAUUUUCAGAUUUCAUUUGCAUCCAGCACGGAAAAAGUGCUGUCGGCAAUAGUGGAGCGCAUUGUACUUAUUUUGUUCGAUGAUUCGACCACAUGCACAUCCGCAUCACAGAUUAGAACUAUGUCAUCCGGAUUAGAGAAGCACAACGUUGUACCCUCAGUCGGCGCAGCGACCUCGCCUCCCGUUUUUCAUGCAGACGAUUUAAUUGCCGGCCGGUUGUGGCCUCCGAAUCCCGGAGCAGCGGGAAUUUCGGGUAGCGUGGACACCACUACAGCGCCGAACUUCGUGCUCAUCUAUGUAGUUCGUCGGGCAGGCUGACUUCUCUGACUGACAAAUGCCGAGAACCUAUGUCGAGCCCAUGCCGCUUUGGCUGCUGAUAUCCAAGAAAAAUGCCGCGUCGUUUUCGUGGUCGGCGAGAAGGAACCCCGAGAAAGCAUAGAACUCUUCAAAAAGAAGGUAUGGUCAAGACGCAAUUUGUUUGACGAUAAGAGACAUCACCAUCACGUACGCUCUAGCAAGCGAUGAGUCCUCCACGACGUAGAAGAUCCUGAAGCCUCAUAAUAUGUACAACUUGUGUGCUGACAUUCAUUUUUCUUUUUCUUCGGACAGGCCGCAUGGUAUGAUCAUGUGCGAGAGGUACUUAGUUUUUAUCACACAAAACGCAAAUGAGGACUAGUAGGCCUUCGUCAUUUAUUGACGACACGCGCUGCUCGUGACUUUUUGAAGGUAAAUCUGGAAGCGGUUUCUGUAGUGCGCGACGUGGAUCGGAAAUGGGACGACUACUUGGGGCGCCCGCGAAUACGCUCGGUGUGGGCCGCGUUGGGGCUCCGCGCAUUGCUGCGGAUCCUGUGUUUUGCGGGCUGCUGCGCGCACCGUUUGACGACGUGGACGCAGUGGAACCUUCGCGGCGCGUCCCCGCGGCUGGGCGGCCUCGUCGUACUCGGUGCUGAUGGACAGGAGACGUUCCGAAGACUGGAGCGAUCGAUCGCAGACUACCCGACACAGCAGGAGUACACCGCUCUACUCUCUCGGGGCAAGUUGUAGCUUCUACUUGUACGUAAGUACUUACGUCUCACGGUCGACGUGUGAGUCAAGUUCUUGAUCCUGUACUACACUCUCGAGGCCAGGCGAAUGCACCUGUUGUGGUGCGCUCGCUUCUUGCAAAAAUUUUUAAACGACGAGGACCGACCGAAGCAGGAUCAGUGCGAUUGUUCUUCGCGGUGCCGUGUCGCAGCUUUGCGCAACAGCCUUCUGCUGCUCGUCGCACUGCGGCAGCCCUAGCACAGUCGCCGUCCGCUCGUAGCGUCGCGGUGAUGUACCACUUCUUCAACGUAUGUUCGACUACUGCAGAACAACCCUUUGCAUUUUUCUUUUGGACUGGAACUACAACUACCCUCAACCCCCUUGCUCAUCAAGGCGCUUGUCUAUCUCGAGUGAUUUCGGAAGGUCGAAUCUUCCCGCCGGCGUAGUUGCGCCACUUAGGACUUAGUGACGUGCUUGCGAUUGCAGCUAUCGAUGUUGCGGGAAGAUUGCCUACGGAUGAUGUUGCUGCUCAUGAUGGUGCGCUUACUUGUUCAGGGGAGGCGUUUCUCUUUCUUUUCUGUGGGUGUAUGAUUAGAUGUUCUUGGUGGCAUCUCGAUAUCAAAAUAUUUCUAGAAAUAAUAUGAAUAUCAUUGCAACAGUACAGAGCGCGUAGACUGCGACGCAGAGCAAAAUAUAGCUGUCUGCUCUGAGCGCGCAAAAGUCUUAAUCUACGAAGAAAAUAAAACAUAAAACAACAAGAAUCUGUGGACCCCAAGGAGUUUUUGUUUUGGUUUCGCUCACGCUCGUGAAGAGGAUGCCUGUAAGUGUGAUCACUGAUGAGACAUGAUCAGAGCAGCUAAUUGCUUGUUGGUGUUCGCGUUGCAGUUGAAGAUUCACCACGGGGCCCGAAAUACAAACGAUUAGUGAGUCGCAGC